UUGGAAGUGGGACGACAUCGAUAUAUAUAUAUUCAAGUCGACGGCGCCGAGCCUCGAUAUCACCGGGUUAAAAAGUCUCAACACCAAGACGAUUCACAAUGGGCUACCGAAUUCUCCACCGCCCAUGGCGAGCAAAGCGGCCUCUGUAUUGGGGCAUGGUUCCCGAGCUCGCCGGCAUCAUUCCUCUUCUUGUUUUGUUUGGUGUUCAGCAACCGGAUGCCUGGAGGACGCUCUUCUGGCGCAUCGGCUCCGACUACAAGCUCAAUUCGAGCCCGACGAUGAUUCUGUAUGCCUAUGCCAACCAUAGACCGCUCCCGACCAUUCCGUUUGUCUGGUCGCAAACACUAACAACCUUCAACGUGGCCAUCACCAUCGUCUCCCUCUUCAUCCUCCUCGCCAAGAUGAUCGCCACCAUCAUGAAGAUUUUCUACCCCAUCAUCGGCACCGCAGUCGGCGUCUCCCUCACAGCGCUCUACGCCGUCAGCGUGUACGGACAAGCCGGACCAGACUACGCCGACCCGAGAUACCCGAGCUGGACACCGUGGUACAUCCGCAAAUCGUGCGACCUCGCCAUCCCGUACAAUGCCGUCAAGAGCUGCCAAAUGUCCAAGGGGGCGUUUGCCGUGACGGUGUACAUGCUCGCGGUAUACGUCAUCCAGACUAGCUUCGCCAUCUGGGCCAUGUGGCCCAACAAAAUGCUCGACAUGAUGGACGACAGCGACGACGAGGAGGAAUACGGCUAUAACUCGGCGCAAAAGGACAAGGGGGUCAGCGUGGAGAUGACCACGCCGGUUAGUCCUGAGGAGUGGGGGAGUGGGGGUGGGGGGUAUUAUGGGCAUUAUCAACAACAGUUGCAACAACAACAACAACAACAAAUGAGUGGUGCUGCGGGGGGGAGUAGCAGUGGUGGUGGGUUCACGCAUAACCCCGCGCCUUUUACGCCGAGGACGCAGGCUUUCCAUACCCUGGAUCGGAAGUUGCCUUUGAGGGUUGAUACGUAUCGGUGAGGGGACGGAAAAGGGGGAAGUGUAUGAUAUUUUUAUGUGAGGAAAGGAGGAGAAUACCCCUGCGAGAAAAAGCAGUCCUCUCUUUUUUUUUAUUUUUAUGUCGUCGACACAGUGUUUUUAUCACAUUUCUAAUUCUUUCUUGUCUCUGAUUGGGGUGGAAGAGAGACACUGGGCAGGGUCCGUUCGUUUCUUUCUUGAUCUUGAGGGACAGAGAACUAGGUCAGGGUAUGAGUGAUAGUGCUCAAAAUACAAAAAGGCCAUGAACAAUCAAUCAUGACAUUGGAAGUAAACAUGACAACAUUCUCAUUUUGCUC